UUUCUCUUUCGAUCCCUUUGUUUUCUUCAUUGCCACCCCACCAACCAUCAUCACCCACCACUAAGCAACCCUCCAAAAAUUCUUUUCUUUCCACUGUAACUCUCUCUCUCUCUCUCUCUCUCUCCCCCUGCACAACCUUCCUUUUUUGUGAAAUUUCUUUGCUUGUAUCUAAAGAUUGAUCCCUUAAUCUAACUCUGUAUCCGUUUUUUUCUUGUAGCUUUCUUGCUUACCAAACAGAAAGAACUGUUAGAACAUCCAGGUGCACCUAAAUUCCUAUGGAAUCAUUCAAUCCAACAGCCGGAUUCCGGUACAACCUGAAUUCAAGCACAAUAGCCGAUGAAAAUGGCGUUUCCGAUCAGUUUUCAGGGAUUCUUGAAAUCUAUGCUCAUCAUGCUAGGAACAUUCACAACAUAUGCAUCUAUGAAAACCAAGAUGUGUACGCCAAAUUCUCUCUUACGUACAAUCCAGACGAGACGCUCACCACUAGGGUCAUCAAUGGAGGUGGCAAGAACCCCGAAUUCAACGAAAGCUUGAGGAUCAAAAUUGGUCAACUGGAUGCAGUCCUCAAAUGCGAGAUUUGGAUGCUGAGCAGGGCAAGAAACUACAUGGAAGACCAGCUGUUGGGAUUCACUUUGGUCCCAAUUUCUCAAGUGAAUGGGAAGGGAAAGGUCACUCAGGAUUAUAAUCUCUCUUCCACUGAUCUCUUCCAUUCCCCUGCUGGAACUGUCAAACUAACUCUUUCUCUCCAUACUUCUUUGCCUGUUAAACCCUCCACUAGUUCGUUGUCGGAAUCAUCCGCUAACUCUUCCAUAACCUCAGAAGUUGUAUUGCUUGAUCGAAAAAUAUCUCAAGUUGCGUUAGACCCUGUUGAGUAUUCGAGGAUGGAAUUCCCAGACAUUGAUGUGGCGAGUACGAAUCAACAAAUGGUGACUGAGUAUUUUAGUUUGGCAAGGCGUGACUGUGCUUGGAGACCUGGUCCCGAAGGUCUUGGAUCGUUUCUUCAUCUCGGUGCAUCUCCUCAGCCUGCUGCUGAUCCUGACCAUGAAAUGACUGUAAGUUCAGGUGAGGGGAUUCAGGGUGACCCUGUUUCUCCCAAUGGGAGCAUCCAGAACUCCGGCUUCUUAAGUUGCACCACCACUAGCUUGAGCGAUGAUCGAAACUCCGCUGAUUCAAUCGACAAGAAGAAACUUGUGGCUGGUGAAUCGUCGAAUUCUCUCAACGCUUCUGUCACCGCGGGAGCAGCUAAUCAAGGUUCCGCUGCUUGUCCAGACACCCCAACCUCAAGAAAGGGCAGAGAAGGCAGAGACGAAAAGGAGUCUAACUUGUCAGGCAAGGAAGAGGAGAGCAACAAGGAACAGAAAGUUGGAUCUGGUCAAUUUGGUCAAGUAUUUUCUGCUCCACUUGGGAAUAUAAAUAUGGAGGCGGAGCAAUCUGCAAUGCAGCAACAAAUAGUGGACAUGUACAUGAGAAGCAUGCAGCAAUUCACUGAGUCUUUGGCGAAGAUGAAGCUCCCGAUGGAUCUUGAUAAAGCAGAAUGUGAAGACCGCAGCGAAGUGAUUCCAAACCAUAGCAACAACAGUUUAGAAGUUGAUAAAAAAAAGGACGGAUCGCGGGUGUUCUACGGCAGCCGUGCCUUCUUCUGAUUGCUAUUUGAAAUGCUGCACUGUUUGACGUUUCUGCUUUGAAAUGGGCAUCAUUUGGUUUGGUCAGGAAAUUUCCUUUGGUCUUCCAAACGCUAUACAAAACAAGAAAAAGACUUGGCCUAAUAUUAUACGCCGCCUUAUCCAACAUGGGAAGCUCCCCAAUUCUUUUUAGCUCCAGCAGGUCUCUUAUGUCAGGUCUCGGCUGCAUCUACUUAGUUGAAGGACUCAGCCUCACUAUUUAUUAGGGUGGGUUCGUCCCCGUUUAUCAGUUAAACUGUGAACCGAACCGAAUAUAUACAUAUACAAUUCGGUUCAGUUAUUAAAAGUAACAAGUAAUUCGAAACCAUCAUAUUUAUACCAUACACAUGUACUCUCCUAUUAGAAUCCAAGUAGAAAUCGAACAAAAAAAUGCUUGUCUAAUAGUGAUCACUUAGUACUAACUAUUCCUUCUCGUUUGUAA